UUGAGGUUUGAAUCCCGGUCAGAAAACAGCGGCAGAUGACAGAAGCUCGUUUCCUGUUCUCCAUACGCAGUGACGGACUUUAUACAACACAUCUGCUGACUUCACACCCAACAUGUCGAAGAAACAGAUCUACUACUCUGACAAGUACACCGACGAGGAGUUCGAGUACAGGCAUGUCGUGCUCCCGAAGCAGCUGUCGAAACUGGUGCCCUCCUCCCACCUGAUGAGCGAGGACGAGUGGAGGGGCCUGGGGGUGCAGCAGAGCCAGGGCUGGAUUCACUACAUGAUCCACAAGCCAGAGCCCCACAUACUGCUUUUCAGAAGGCAUCUCCCAACGGACUGAUCGGGAACCAUCUGUAAAAUACCUGCUAUUAUCUCUGCUUAUUAGUAUCGUCUUUGGACCGUACACCGCUCCUGCGUACAUCUCUACAUUUGUUGUAAAUGUAUUGUGCAGCAAACCCUUAGUUGUAUUUUUUCUUCUUCUUUCUCAGUCCCUCAAUUUUAAGAGGUAAUUAGAGGCAACUAUCUUGAUUCUGCUGUGAAUGUUGAUUAAUGAUAUGGAGAAUGUUUGUCUGUCAACUGUACAUUUUUUAUGUUUUUAAAUGUCUUUGGAAGUCAUUUUGUUAAGUUUGAUUUAUUUACUGAGCGGUCAUACAGACAUAGGGUUUUAUUUUUCUUAAGCCUAUGGUUAACACAUGGUGUUGAAUGUUUGUUCUUUAUGUUUGUGUUAUGUACAUAUUAAAUUUCUAGGUAUUAUACAUUUUGACAGUGAGUCAGGAUUGAUUCAAAUUACACUUUGUUGCUGAAAGAACAAAAUAAAUUGUACUUUCUUUA